AUGACCAUAUGCAAAAGCAUACAAAACGUGCGCUGCCUGCAAGUUAGAAGUCUCAUCCUCUGCCUUGUCUUCUCCCCUCUCUUGUCAGCAUUCCCUUAUGGAACGCAAUCAUUCCAUAUCACGGGACGACUCAUGUGUCGUGGAAAACCUGCUCAAUUCGUAGAAUUACAACUUAUCAACUCUCGUGGAUACGGCGAGGACAACGUGGAAAUUUCAGACAUUGUCUUCUCGGACCCCGCUGGAUAUUUCGAAGUUUCUGGAAAAAUGCAUCAAUUUUAUUUGAUCCCGGCGCAGAUUUUUAUUUAUCACGAGUGUUUUUAUGAUGUCGGUGUUCAUCAUGGAAAGUGUAAAAGUUUGAGAUAUGAGGAAGUUCCAAAGGAAUUUAUAACUGAAGGACCCAUUCCGAGAAUAACCUAUGAAGCUGGAACUAUUAAUUUGGAGCAUGGAGUUUUCAAAGAGUACUUGGAAAGAUGUGAAUAA